CACACAAAACACCUCUUGCUAAACAAACACCCCAUUAGGGGUUCUCCUCCUCAUUCCUUUGCUUCAAUUUACAUCUUCCCCAAUUCUCGUCUGAUCGAGUGCAAUUGCUUAAAAUAAUUCGGUAGAUCUUAUUGUAUUUGUGUUUUAUUUCUUGUUAGAGAUAUGAAUUACGCUUUCUUACAAGAUCUAAAGCUCAAAUUUCAUAGGAUCUAACAUGCUGCUUAGAUCAGAAAGUAGAAACCACAAUGGCUGAGCUCGGAAUCUCAAUUGCUGCAAAGCUCAUUGAGGUGAUCGGGUCUGAUGUCAUCAAAGAGAUUUGUGACAUGUGGGGCUACAAGUCUCAACUCGAAAGCCUGAACAACACUGUCUUCACCAUCAAGAAUGUGCUCCUUGAUGCUGAUUCCAAGCGGGAGCUUUCCUACGAAGCACGCGGCUACAUUCAGGAACUCAAGGCCAUUGUUUAUGAUGCCGAUGAUUUGUUUGAUGAGAUCUUCACCCUUGCUGAGUUGAAGCAACUUCGACCCCUGACCAAGCGUGAUAAACUUUUCUGCCUUUCUGGUGUAAUUUGUGUGUAUGAGCGGUUGAGUCGGGCACCCGACUGAUGAGGAGACUGUAGCUGUGGAGCAGUUACAGCGUUGGAUUAUAGGAAUGGAUUUUCCACGUAAAGGUAAUUUCUGCCAAAUCUUACAUUUUCCGAUCCGUAGAAAUGAUUAACAGCAUUAGGUGACUAACAACAUGGUUUUUGCAAUACUCCUGCUGGGAUUUCAUCACUAAUAAGUUCUUAGUUUUCCUAGCAAUGCUUUCAUCAUUGGGACUCUGUGAGUAGUCAUGACUCAGUUUUCAAAAGUUUUUCCAACCAUGUUGCUGGAGUCAAUUUGGCUGGAUGAAUACCCUGAUUGUUGAUGUUGAAGGUGAGCAAUACUCAGUGCUACUAUCUAAUAUGUCUGCAAAUAAUAGUAAUAGACUGUACUACUCAGUAGCCUCAAGUGACAGCUUGUUUAAUCGAGCACUUUGUGAUGAUAAUCCACAUGUAUGGAGCUUAAAUUUGAAAGUUUCCUUGGUUAUGAUUUGGCUCUGCAGUCACAAAUAUGGAAGUUGAGAUCAAACUUUCAUUAGUGUAUCAUUCAAACUCCUGCAAGAAGGCUGGAUAAAAACUCACGUCGCAUUUAGCUUGCUAGUCAAGACAUGGAUAGGUAGAAGAAUGCACACCAUGAAUAGCACUUCUAGUCUAGGGGUUCCGGAAUUAAAAUGGAGCAUACUAAUAUCCCAUGAUAUAAUUAAAGGAUGGUUUUGGUUAACUAUAUUGUUGAUUUUUAAUUUUUGGCAGAGGGUGUAUAAUUUGGCGUGAAAAAUGGCUAUAAAGUUCCAGUGCUCCACUCUUGCAGUGUUA